CUGGGCGGCAGCAGCCCGCGGGGCGGGGAGCGGGCGCUGUGCGGAGCUGCCGCCCUCCUCCUCCCGGCCCCACCAUGGCUCCGUCCUGCCGGCGCAGCAAGGGCCGGCCCGGCCGGGGGGACGAGGACGGCAGCGGCCGGCGCGGGGACAGGAAGGCCCGGAAGCCGCUGGUGGAGAAGCAGCGGCGGGCGCGGAUCAACGAGAGCCUGCAGGAGCUGCGCUUCAUCCUAGCGGACGCGGAGCCCGCCCCCAGCGAAGAGACUUGCUCGGAUGCUGAGGAGCCCGAGCCCGGGCGCACCGAGCCGGACAGCGCCCGGACGCGCCCGCCUGCCGCCACCACGCCCAAGGCCAUGUGGAGGCCGUGGUGACCCGGGCGCCCCCUGGGGCGUGCGUGCGUGCGUGUGUGUGAGAGAG